UUCAGACAAAAUCCGGAAACUACCUUUGAAGUGUAUGCAGAAGUAACCUAUUCAGGAAUCGGUUGCAUUGGGAAAGAUCCUGAGGUGCGGAGGCAAUUCCCAGAGGACUACAGUGACCAGGAAGUUCUACAGACUUUGACCAAGUUUUGUUUCCCCUUCUAUGUGGACAGCCAUGCAGUUAACCAAGUUGGGCAGAACUUUACAUUUGUGCUUACAGACAUUGACAGCAAACAGAGGUUUGGAUUCUGUCGCUUAUCUUCUGGGGCCAAGAGCUGCUUCUGUAUCUUAAGUUACCUCCCGUGGUUUGAAGUCUUUUAUAAGCUGCUCAAUGUCUUGGCAGAUUAUUCAGCAAAAGGACAGGAUAGUCAAAGGAGUGAGCUCCUAGAAACACUUCAUAAACUUACCAUCCCUGAGCCAGGAACCUCUGUUCAUCUUGGAGUGCACUUUUACUUUACUGUGCCUGACAUCAGAGAGCUUCCCAGUAUACCUGAAAAUAGAAAUCUGACAGAGUAUUUUGUAGCAGUUGAUGUCAACAACAUGCUGCAUCUCUAUGCCAGUAUGCUGUAUGAACGCCGCAUCCUCAUUUGUUGUAGUAAGCUGAGCACUUUAACUGCCUGCAUUCAUGGGUCUGCAGCUAUGCUCUACCCGAUGUUCUGGCAGCAUGUUUACAUUCCUGUUCUGCCCCCACAUCUAUUGGACUACUGUUGUGCCCCAAUGCCCUACCUCAUUGGAAUACAUUUAAGUUUGAUGGAGAAAGUAAGAAACAUGGCCCUGGAAGAUGUAGUCAUUCUUAAUGUAGACACCAAUACACUGGAAACCCCUUUUGAUGAUCUUCAGAGCCUUCCUAAUGAUGUGGUUUCUGCACUGAAGAACAGAUUGAAGAAAGUCUCUACAACCACUGGAGAUGGUGUUGCAAGAGCAUUUCUAAAAGCGCAAGCAUCUUUCUUUGGGAGCUACAGAAAUGCCCUGAAAAUUGAACCUGGUGAACCUAUCACUUUUUGUGAAGAAACAUUUGUGUCCCAUCGUUCUGCUGUCAUGAGGCAGUUUCUUCAGAAUGCCAUUCAGCUCCAGCUCUUUAAGCAGUUCAUUGAUGGCCGUCUGGAUCUUCUUAAUUCUGGAGAGGGCUUCAGUGAUGUUUUUGAAGAAGAGAUAAAUAUGGGAGAAUAUGCAGGUAGUGACAAAUUGUACCACCAGUGGCUCUCUACAGUAAGGAAAGGAAGUGGAGCCAUUUUAAAUACAGUAAAGACCAAGGCCAACCCUGCCAUGAAGACUGUCUAUAAGUUUGCAAAAGAUCAUGCAAAGAUGGGAAUAAAAGAAGUGAAAAACCGCUUGAAGCAAAAGGACAUUGCCGAGAAUGGCUGUUCUGCAACACCGGAGGAAUCUCUACCAAGGACAGCGCCUUCUCCAUUGGUUGAAAAGAAGGACCCUAAAUUAAGAGAAGACAGGAGACCAAUCACAGUACAUUUUGGUCAGGUAUGUCUGAGU